AUGACGUCGCCGGAGCUGACGGAAUCAGUCAAUUCAAUAUACACCUUUAAGUUGUAUGAAGAUCUGACGCUGUUAGACACUGUUCUAGCUGCCUUCAAAGAGGCGCAAGCUGAUCACGAUAUUAGGUACGAGCUUUUGAAGGGCAAUUGCGAAUCACCCAAGACAGCCUUCGUGAGGUUCGAGGAUCCAGAUACUUCGCACAAGUUCCAGCAAUUUCUUAAGCAACGAGGCUUGGAGUAUGAGCCGGUUCCGAACGAGUCAGAGCUUAAUCUGCAAUUACCCGGAAAUCUGUACGUCAGAGGCCUGCUCCCGACCACAACCUCCGACGACCUUCUCAGGAUAUUCAGCACGGUCGGCAAUCCAGUCUCAUGCAAGAUCAUCAAGGACGACUACGGAGUGUCCAAAGGUUACGGAUUCAUAAAUUUCGCUGAUAGGGUCGAGGCCCAAAAAGCCAUCGAUAGCCUUAAUGGCUCGGAUAUCGAAGGAAACCACUUGUUUGUUAAUCACCACAUCUCCAAAAGGGAUAGACUCAAGGAGCUCGAGAUGAAAAAGCUCAAGUACACUAAUCUGUACGUGAAGAAUUUCCCCGAUGAUUUGCCGAAGGAAAGGUUGACUGAGGUUUUCGGAAAGUAUGGAGACAUCGAAUCGGUUUUUCUACCCCAAAGCAGCGACAAUCUGAACAAAGGAUAUGCAUUCAUUAACUUCAAAACUCACGAAGAUGCCAUGAAAGCCCAAGAAGAGUUAGACGGCUUUGAGAUUUCUCCAGGGUUCAACUUGCAACUAGGCAAAGCCGAGCGAAGGAAAGACCGCAUGCAGCACCAAGUGGUCAAUUACAACGGAUCCUACUAUCCGUACCAAUCUCCGUACGUUCCAGCCCAGCCAGAGCCUUCAAACAGCAUGUAUCCCUCAUUUAUUGUGUCACCUGAUUCCAACUUGAUUUCGACCGCUACAGGCCUCCCUAUAGCCGGUCCACAGUUCCAGGAUUCCAACUUGUAUAUAACGCAUCUUCCUUUGGAUUUCAAGGAUCAGGACCUUUAUGACCUCUUCACCCAAUUCGGGCAGAUCAUGUCCGCCAAGAUUAUGACUUACCCACCUGCUGAUUCGGCGGUGAUUGACGAAGACGACGAAACGGAAAACCACGCUCGCGAAGGACGUUCUAGAGGAUUCGGGUUUGUUUGUUUCAACAAACCGUUGGACGCGUCCAAGGCGUUGGUGGCAAUGAACGGUUACCGUGUGGACGAGUCUCAUGUGCUUGAAGUCUCGUUUGCUCAGCGCAAAGAGAACAAGUACGAAAAAGGAAGACUCCACCACCAUAAUCAGAACCACUUGGGCAAUUUCUACAACUAUCUGAAUCAGAACUUCACCAAGCGAAGUUUCAGUUUCCCGUCGAGCAUGCCGAACGGCGGAUUUGUUCCUGUGACGGCUCCUGCUCAAUCACCAGUGCAAUAUUCACCAAUAGGCAGCCCAGGACGUCCGCAGCCAAAUAGUCGGACCAUGUCGGUUCCGUACGUUUCCUACAAUCCAUACUAUUUCUACCCGUACCAGGUGCAAACUCCUCCUUACGCGACGGAGAACCUGAGCGAGGAGCAGGAAUAUAUGGAGCAAAAAUAG